ACGUGGGCGGUGCCGCUGCCCGGGGCGGGGCGGAAGCGGCGAUGGAGGGGACGCUGGAACAGCACCUGGAGGAGACCAUGAAGAGCCCGGCCGUGGUGGGCGUGCUGUGCACCGACUCGCAGGGGCUCAACCUGGGCUGCAGAGGGACCCUGUCGGAUGAGCACGCUGGCAUCAUCUCAGUGCUGGCCCAGCAGGCAGCCAAGCUCACCUCCGACCCCACCGACACGCCCGUGGUGUGCCUGGAGUCCGACAACGGGAACAUCAUGAUCCAGAAGCACGACAGCAUCACCGUGGCAGUGCACAAGCUGCUGUCCUGAGCCCUGGGGGCUGGCGCUGCUCCCGGCCCCUGCUCCCUGCACUGCCACCCUCCCUUUGGAGCUCCACACCCUGGAUGAAGGCUCUCCCUCCCCUCUCUGCAGCUCCUGGGCAGCUGCCCAGGUCUCCAGCUCACGUUUCAGCCCCUGUGCUGCUGAGGAUGAGCCCUGGGCACAGCCCCAGGCGCUGUGAUGGGCAGAUCCUCCCCGCUGUACGUGGGGGGCUUCAUUUGUUGGAGAAAUCAAUAAAUGACCUGUAAAAACC